CGGGGAGGGCUGGGAAACUCUUGUCCUUUGCCACCAUCUUGCUUAUUUCUAAGCUGGGAGUGACCGUGGGUCAGAGCAAUCUCCAGCCAUGAAGCUGCUAACCAGAGGCGGUUCCUUCUUGAGAUUUUAUUCCCUCAAAGUUGCCCCCAAAGUGAAAGCCACAGCUGCCCCGGCAGGAGUGCCUCUGCAUCCUCAGGACCUCGAGUUUACCAAAUUACCAAAUGGUUUAGUGAUUGCUUCUCUGGAAAACUAUGCUCCUGCAUCAAGAAUUGGUUUGUUCAUUAAAGCGGGCAGUAGAUAUGAAGACUGCAACAACUUAGGAACCUCUCAUUUGCUGCGUCUUGCAUCCAGUUUGACUACAAAAGGAGCUUCGUCUUUCAAGAUAACCCGUGGAAUUGAAGCAGUUGGUGGUAAAUUAAGUGUGACUGCAACAAGGGAAAACAUGGCUUACGUUGUGGAAUGCCUGCGGGACGAUGUUGAUAUUCUAAUGGAGUUCCUGCUCAACGUCACCACAGCACCAGAAUUUCGUCAGUGGGAAGUAGCUGACCUUCAGUCUCAGCUAAGGAUUGACAAAGCUGUGGCUUUUCAGAAUCCACAGGCUUAUGUCAUUGAAAAUUUACAUGCUGCAGCUUACCGAAAUGCCUUGGCUAAUUCCUUGUAUUGCCCUGACUAUAGGAUUGGAAAAGUGACAUCAGAGGAGUUACAUUACUAUGUUCAGAACCAUUUUACAAGUGCAAGAAUGGCUUUGGUUGGACUUGGUGUGAGUCAUCCUGUUCUAAAGCAAGUUGCUGAACAAUUUCUCAACAUGAGGGGUGGGCUUGGAUUAUCUGGUGCAAAGUCCAGAUACCGUGGAGGUGAAAUUCGAGAACAGAAUGGAGACAGUCUUGUCCACGCCGCUCUUGUAGCAGAAAGUGCCGCCACAGGAAGUGCAGAAGCAAACGCAUUCAGUGUUCUUCAGCAUGUCCUCGGUGCUGGGCCACAUGUCAAGAGGGGCAGCAAUGCCACCAGUCCUCUGUACCAGGCUGUUGCCAAGGGAAUUCACCAGCCCUUCGAUGUUUCUGCUUUUAAUGCCAGUUACUCAGAUUCUGGACUCUUCGGGAUUUACACUAUCUCCCAGGCUGCAGCUGCUGGAGAUGUUAUCACAGCUGCCUAUAACCAAAUAAAAACAGUCGCUCAAGGAAACCUUUCCAAUGCAGAUGUCCAAGCUGCCAAGGACAAGCUGAAAGCUGGAUACCUAAUGUCAGUGGAGUCUUCUGAAGGUUUCCUGGAUGAAGUCGGGUCCCAGGCUCUAGUUGCUGGUUCGUACAUGCCACCAUCCACAGUCCUUCAGCAGAUUGACUCGGUGGCCAACACUGAUGUCAUAAAUGCUGCAAAGAAGUUUGUUUCUGGCCAGAAGUCAAUGGCAGCAAGUGGAAAUUUGGGGCAUACACCUUUUGUUGAUGAAUUUUAAUACUGAAGCCCAUAUCACAGGACAGAGCUGAACAUUUUGUCAGCCCGAAGGUGCAAACACAGGAAAGUCAAAAGUCUCUCAUAUGUAUAACAUGCAUCUUUUUUUUUUCAGUGAAGUAAAAUAUCUUAAAGUAUAAAUGCAGGUAAUUAUUCCUAGCUGACCUAAAGUCAAUAAAACAUUCUGCUUAAAUGUU